CCAAAAAUAAAACAGAAUAUUGUGAACUAUGUAAUUCUUAGAAUUGUAUUAUCGUUUCGGCCAGCCGUAUUAUUGGCUAUCGCCUUAUUAUCUUUCUUCAAAUACAACAAUUAUUAUUAUCUACGAAUUACGAUAGCAAAAGACCAACGAUAUAAAGUGUACUAUGUACAGUUGUCAGUUGACAGUUGUACACUCGAAGUACAACAAUAUUAUAUUUUGCUGAACUGCUGCCGACUGUUGACGUCGUAAAUACAUCAAAUUUACUGAAAAUGGCACAAAAGAAACAAACUUCUAUUUCGUAUUUUAUGAAAAUAUCGAACUGUCGUAGUCAACCCGAUUCUAAGCAGGACAUUUCCUCAUGUAUUACGUCUGAAUUAGAAGAUACGUCACGUUCAUUAUCAUCCCCCUCCAAAAAGCGAACACAUUCUUCUAUGAUUUCUUCAAUAAAAAAUACAGAUGAUUCAACCCCAAUAUCAGAUCUCGUCUCAAAAUCUAUUGUUGCUGAUUCUACUAAUUUUAUGAAUGUAUAUGAUAUAGGAUUUUAUAUAAACCGUACAUUAUCACAAAAUGAAAUAUCUGAUAUUAUGAAUAAUCUAUGGGUGCCAGAUAUCAACUACAAAUUUCCAAUAAAAAUGUAUAUGAAAAAAAACAAGCAAGUAAAUUUAAAGUUUCAAUAUUCGUGGCUUCUGAAGUAUCCAUGGCUAUGUUAUUCCGAAAAAGAAUGCGGCGCUUUUUGUAAAUUUUGUGUAGCAUUCGUUAAGUCUGGUGUUGGAUAUAACUCAAAAAAGCCAAAUUCUUUUGUAGUGACUAAAUUCGAUAACUGGAGAAAAGCACUGGAAGGAUUUCAAAACCAUAGUGAAACAAAUUAUCACAAAACCUGUUUAUCCGAUUCUGAACAUUUUCUUAAAGUACAAAAAAAUAUUAAUGAAGACAUAUCAGUAAAACUAGACUCCAGUAGAAAGAAUCAAAUAAUGAAAAAUCGCGAACUUUUAACUCCGAUAAUCGAAGCAAUCAUUUUAUGUGGCAGGCAGAAUAUAGCAAUUAGAGGACACAGAGAUUCCGGUAAAUUAAUGAUCGACCAAACUGAUGACGAAUAUGAAAACAAUGAAGGGAAUUUUCGGGAAAUUUUACGGUAUAGGGCUCGAGGUGAUGAGCAGCUUAAAUUAUUUUUAGAAAGUAAUGGACAUUUAAAAUACACAAGUGCGACGAUUCAAAACGAAAUCAUCGAAUCGUGUAACCAAAUUUUAUUGAAACGAAUUGUGAGUAGAGUGAACUCUGCUCAAUGUUUUUCAAUACUCGCCGAUGAAACAGCUGACAUUGCGAACAUCGAACAAGUAGCAUUGUGUUUAGCAUCAUUAAUAUUAGAAAACUUGCACAAUUUUGGUAUAGAAACAAAGUACAUGCGAGGACAAGGUUAUGACGGCGCGGCUGCAAUGUCAGGAGAAUUUAACGGCGUUCAAGCCAUAAUUCGUAAGACUCAUCCUCUUGCUCUUUAUGUGCAUUGUUCCGCACAUGUCCUUAACUUAGCUGUUUCAAACUCCUGCAAAGUACAGGAAAUAAGAAAUUGUUUGGGGACCAUUUCCAAAGCUCGGGAUUUUUUCAAUUUUCCUAAAAGAAAAGAUGUUUUAAAAACUCAAAUUGAAAAUAGUGAUGAAAAAAUCUCAAAAAAAUCAUUAAAACGUCUUUGCGCUACCCGAUGGAUUGAACGUUACCAUGCAGUGAAUGAUUUUGAAGAGUUAUUUGAACAAGUGAUAGAAUCAUUAAACUUUAUAUCUGAGUGGAAAGAUGUUGAGACUUCUUCGCAUGCCAGUAAUCUGUGUAGUGCUAUAUUAGAAGGUGGAUUUAUUAUUUCUAUGCUUAUAGUAGCUAAAUGCUUUAGUGUUGGUCUUCCUUUAUCGAAACAUCUUCAGCGGGUUAAUAUUGACCUUGGCGAAGCGAUCCAAUUAGCGGAGGAUACAAUAAAAGAACUUGAAGAUUUUCGAAAAAAUGCUGAUUCUAUUUUCCAAGACAUUUUUGAAAAUGCUGUUUCUCUUGGUAAUAAAUUUGGUGUUACUAUAUGUAUCCCUAGAACUACGAAAAGACAAGCAAACCGUGUAAAUGUUGAAACUGAUUCAAUAGAAUUCGAUUUACCGGCCAUAAAGCUAUUUUAG